GAAAUGUAAAAAUGUAUAAGUUUAUGUAUGGAAUCUGUCAUACCUGGAGUGAUUUGAUUGAAACUUUCACUUUUAGAGUGAGAGAUGAGCGCGCAGCGCAGCAGGGUUUCCUGUGGGCGCACAGAGACUCCGCGCAGCGCCGCGGUAACAUAGGAAAUGACUCAUAGGAGUUGAACUGUUCAGCGUGGGUGUGUGCGCACUAUUAAAACAAGGCGCAGACUCCUCCGCAUGACUCACUCUGAUGCUCGCUUUUCCAGGCUAAAAACCAGCGCGGAUUGUUAAUCAGAUGAACUUUUGGGAAUUGCGUGGCCGACAGCGAGAAGCUCUCCUCCCGCAGACACGAUGGCUUCAGCCACUCUUUGCGCAUUUAUCUGCGGAUUUAUUUUAGCGGCUCUGGCCGGUCUACACGGCGUGAUUGCGGAGAACAGUCAGUGUGGCAGCUCGGAGUUCUACAGCUCUGACUUGGGUGUUUGCGUGCCGUGUGAAUCCUGCAAGAAGUACCCAAAGACCCCAUCCUGCAACACAUGUAAAUUAGUGGAGGAAAGGCAUGACGUGUGGAAACUGGCAGCCAUCACCAGCUUCUCCGUCCUCGGCUUUGUGCUGAUUGGUGCUGCUCUGAUCAUCGGGGUCAUGAUGCAUCGGCGCAAGUCACACAAACGGCCUUUACGAGAACCCAUUGAAGAGACAGCAGGGCCCCUUUAUCAAGCUUAAACAGCUUAGUAACCUCAUCCAUCUCUGGAAGCAGAUGUGACCGAAGCAAGGAGCCUGACGGAGGAAUCCUCUGAAUGAUGAACUGUAUUCCUUAACCUGAAGGUGUACCUUUGGCCAGAAUUGGUCCAUCUUAAUUUAUUAGACAGUUAGGUGAAGAGAUAAGCUCAGUUCUCAAAGGAACAACUUCUGUUCACCUUUGUAGGUAUAGUAACAACAUUAUACGUACUAGUUUGGUAACAUGUUCAGGAAAUGUUUGUCUUUAUAUUCCAUUAACUGAGAUUCCAACCUGGAGGACUUUUUUAUGGGUUUCCAGUUGUUUGAUUCCGUUAAGACGCCGUCUCAUGCUCUCGUGUGCACUCCAGUGAAUGUAAUGGCCGUGGCUGAGCUGCAGCCUGCUGGUAUUUUAACCACGACAGCAGCUUCUAACAGUAAACGUGAAGAGGACAAACUGUUUGGCAUAUUUAAGCCAUUUGAAUGUAGCGAGCUUAAGGAGAAAUGUUUUGGUUUGACCCUGCCAGUACAUCCAUGUACCUGUUCUUUCAGGAGCCGACGCAGCGUUGAAGCUGCUGCUCAGGAGAACAAACUGUACUCAUGCACUGUAACUGCAUGUCUUGAGACCAACACAGAUUUUCUUUCUUUUUUGCAUUUUGGAUCAUUCCCAUUUUGUUGUAUCUGUUUUAGUUGUUACUGAAAUUUAGGGGAGGCUGAAUUUAGUCUGUUCCAGCCUGGGUUCACAUCCUUGUCUCAUCGCUUGCAGGACAGGAUGCUUGCUUGAAACACUAGACACACAGCCCCAAACUGCUAACAUGUGGGAAUGCUACAAGGAAUGUACUGUAGAGAGGGAAAUAACCUACAGUGUUUUAGUUGGAGCUUCACACACACAGCUGAGUCUGACCUGGAAGAUCUUCCCCGCUCUCCAACAAGGUCAGGAGACUGAAGUUUCUGUGAACUUUGUAACUGAAAGCAGCAAGAAAAAGAACAAGAAAAAACACAUGUUAGAGUGGGUUGUUUUUUCCGUGUUCUCUGUAAGUUUUUCCAACAAAUUAUACAGAACAUGUUUUCUAAGGACCAUUGAGUUAAUUUGUAACCACAAGGUUCAGGUAUUUUUUUUUUUUUAUUCCAUGUAUCUGUACUUGUGGCGCUAACUGCUUGCCGUAUGGCAACAACUUUUGGGAAUCACUUCACAAAUAGUUUUUAAAAGAUGUGUAUAAUAUUUAUUUUUUUAAGCGUCUCGCAGCGCUGCAGCAGACUGCCUGUGAGGGAGAGAAGCACAUUUCAAAGGGACUCCAGUGAAGAUUUUUAGUGACUCUUCCAGCCAGCAAUGUUACCUAGCAAUGACUAACACUUUCUGCUUUGUUUUCUUGCUUUCUAGUGGUUGUUUUUUUCCUAUUCUGUACAUGCACUGGCUUUUCUUACUUCAAAUCUUUGUGUAGCAAAUAUAUUUUCACAAUAAAACUGACAACUUCUAUGAA